AUGACAUUAGAGAAAUCUCAAGACCCCACAGCCUUAGGAAGAACACUUUUUAAUAGCAUAGGGAAGCCCCGAACCGUCGUUGCUCCCAUGGUGGACCAAUCGGAGUUAGCAUGGCGGAUCUUGAGUCGGAGAUACGGAGCUGAGUUGGCGUACACUCCCAUGUUCCACGCUAGACUCUUUGCCACGGAUGAGAAGUAUAGAAAGGCCAUGUGGAGCGAUAUGGAUGGAGAUAAGGAGUUCGACCGACCAUUAGUAGUUCAGUUCUGUGCCAACGACCCUGAGUACUUACUUUCUGCUGCUAAGCUAGUUGAGGAUCGAUGUGAUGCUGUUGAUUUGAACUUGGGGUGUCCCCAAGGUAUAGCCAGAAAGGGCCACUAUGGGGCAUUCUUGAUGGAAGACUGGGAUUUGGUACAUAAGCUCAUUAGGAAGUUACGAGAAGAGCUUACGGUGCCGGUAACGGCCAAAAUCCGGGUUUACGACGACUGGCAAAAAUCUUUGGAAUAUGCUCGUAUGGUUUUGGACGCUGGGGCUUCGUUCAUUACUAUUCAUGGAAGAACAAGAGACAUGAAGGGUCAACUCACCGGUCUAGCCAAUUGGGAUAUUCUCAAGUAUCUUCGAGAGAACUUACCGGCAGAGACAGUGUUCUUCAGCAACGGGAACAUCUUGUAUCCCGAGGAUCUUGAGCGGUGUACGAAGCAUGUUGGAUGUGAUGCGGUUAUGUCAGCUGAGGGUAAUUUAUACAAUCCCGGAGUCUUUUGGACCGAGGACGACGAUAAAGAGAAGCAGUAUGCUCGAGUAGACAAGAUGCUAAGAGAAUACUUUGAGAUUGUCAAGAGUUGUCCCGGCCAGGCUUCAAGACACGCGAUGAAAGCGCAUUUCUUUAAGCUUUUACAUGCAUUCUUGGCAGUGAGGACCGAGUUGCGACCUGUGAUUGGCAGAACAAGUGUUCAUGCUGAUUUUGGUGAGUGGGAGAAGAUUGUGUGUGAGGUUGAGUCGAUAGUACAGGAGAUCUUUGAUCGGAAGGAUAUCGAAGAGCUUGAUGUUAUCACGGAGGGUCCAGAAGAGUCGUGGGGCGGAAGAUAUAAAACUGUACCAUACUGGAGAUGUCAGCCAUAUUUCCGAACUGUCAAUGGGGAGAAACAGAAUGCACGUAAGCUUAAGGUGGCAGCGGAUAAGAAACGGAGUGGUGAUGAAGAGGUUAGUGGUAAGACAAAGAGAGCGAAACCGGAGCCAGAGCUGGUACCGGAGCUGGUGCGGGAACCGGCAAAGAAAGAAAAGUCUGAAAUUAUAUCAGAGAUUACUUCAGAGGUUGCUUCAUAA